UUAAUCUCCUGCUAUGGGAAAUGGGUCAGGACCAUUACUAAUUGCACGCCCCUCGUAUUGCACAUGGAGUGAUAAACAUUACGUGUGUCUUCAAUCAAGUUUGUUGAAUGUGAAUGUCACAGGAAUGCAUGAGCUUGAGCACUGAAUAAAUUAACAUGUUUGUUAUAAGAAUCUGAAUUGAGAUGUCAUUUAAGGUGAAGCUAGCUGAAUUAUUUUACGCCUUAGUCACAUUAGGACAAAGCAGUUUAACACAGCAAGGUAACGUGAGUCAUUGUUGGGAAGCACAUACGAGCUCAGGUGCGAUUGAUAAAAUGUACUUGUGUCUCCAUAUACGUAAACGGCUUCACUAUUCAUUAUGUAGUAUGUAUAUUUUUAUCAUCUUGAUUCUCAUGUUUUUCAGACUGUAUUUGUAGUAGACAAGUCUGCGUCUGUUUACAAAAACCAUGCUAAAACCCUUUGGUGUUACUCUUUAUAUGAACUGAUUAAUUGGUACUUUUGCAGCAUAGCAGCUGAGACCGAUGUCAAAUUUCAGGCUCAAUACUAAUAUAGAAUAUCAAGUUACAACCAGAGUAGGCAGCGUCGCUUCAAACCCCUGGAGUGAAAUCGCAAAGACUAUGACGUGGAUUCCGCUUUGUUAAUGUGUACCGCCUUGUUAAUUCGUACUUCGUGUGGGAGGUGAUGCACCAAUCAAAUCCCUUUAGAGACACGUGACUUCGUUUCCACGCAUUGUGAUUGACAGGUCUAUUGGUCGGCUUUUAAGCUAGUCAAAGGAAGGGUCUGAAAGAGUCUCAGUUUGACGUCUGGCUCGUUGAAGGCAGAAGUUGAAACGCGUGUAUGAGCUCUGAGAUCGGUUACGGCAUCGCGCCAAGAAGCUUCACUUUUAAACGGUAUUGCCCCGAACUCUUUCAACUCUAGCAAUACCAGUACCGUAGAUAUCUCCAAGUUAAGAGCCGUUUCCUCUGAUCUUAUCCAACGCUCAACCACAAUGAGAAUUCCUGACGACUUUACCAUUGGCAACUGGAGCAGCGUGAACGGAACGGACUACUUCCUGACGGCGCAGAUGGACCCGAGCCCCAUCACGACUAUCGUAGGCCCCGUGAUGUACGGAACAGUAUCAGUGGUGGGUCUUCUUGGGAACUUGCUAGUGAUCUACGUGUUGCUGGGAUACACCAAGGUAAAGGAUGUUACUAAGUACUACAUACUGAACCUAUCAUUAGCUGAUACACUCUUCAUGCUCGGCAUACCGUUCAUCUCCGCCUCGGCAGCCAUGGGGAGGUGGGUGUUCGGGAGAGGCAUGUGUAAGAUCGUCCUGUCCAUGGACGCCAUCAACAUGUUCACCACGGUGUUCAACAUGGCCGUGUUGAGCGUGGACCGCUACCUGGCCAUCGUCCGCGCCUCCAGCCACCCCCAUCUCCGCCAGCCGAAGGUAGCGGUCGCCGUCAGCUUGUCCGUGUGGUUAGCGGCGAUCCUACUGGCCAUCCCUGUCAUGACGGUCAGUGAUACCGUCAUGUUGAUGAACGGAAACUACAGAUGCAUGCUAGACUGGCCCGCUGACAACGCCAUGUUCUGGCACCAAGCCUUCAUUUCUUACACCUUUAUCCUGGGUUUCCUUAUACCACUGUCAGUGAUCAGCGUGUCUUAUCUGAUGGUCAUCCGUCAUCUCAGGCGCAACACGUCCACUCACGCCGCCGUGGCCAGAGUCUCUGCCAACAUGCGGACCAGAGUGACCAAGACGGUGAGCGCCAUCGUGGUGACGUUCGUGGUUUGCUGGCUGCCGUUCCACGUGUGUCAGCUCCUGAACCUCAUCACAGACCUGCCGCUGACGCCGAUGCUGGCGGUGUCUCACGUCGCCAUGGUCAUGUCCUACGCCAACAGCUGCGUCAACCCCAUCCUGUAUGUCUUCAUUAGCCAGAAGUUUCGGGAAAGCGUACGGAACGCACUGCGUCUGAAUCGGGGCAAAGCCAACGAUCUAAGGAGUUACAACCAGAACAAAGACACGAGAGUCGCAAGAUCACGGCGGCAAAUGGAUGUGUUCUUCGUGGAAGAAAAAUGUGAGGUAAAGCUUGCAACAUUUAAAUAUCUGACUCCCAAAGGAGUUGUCGUGUAUGAAACAUCGGUAUAGGACAUUAGAAAGAAAUUGUUGACGCAUGUUGGCACGAUUAGAAAUUCAGAUUCAGGUGGUUCUACCCAAAGACUUGUGAACAUUGAUUUGUAAACUACUAUGCCAUUUGGUAUUUUAGUGUGUAUCUGUUAAUUGAAAUGUCACAAUCGUGUCAGAUAGGGUGCAGGUUGACUUCGAUUUGUGUUUCACAUGUAUUAGUUUUCUAUAUUUGUGCCCUGUGUUUGGAAAAUGUAUAAAAGGAUAAUUCAUAAAGAAAAAAGAUUUGGUGUUAAGGUUAUAUAAUAUUCUUAAGCUACAGGUUGUCUUGUCAUAUAUAUAAAUAUAGGCUCCUUCUCCACAUGUUUAGGGUGCAGGUUUUGUUAAUUCCACCCCUAGAAUGUAGACUGUGAGACUCGAGGAUAUGUAAGUUUGCAAAAUUGCGUGAUAAAAUGUUAUUUGUAUUAUAUAUCAUCAUCUUACAAAAGCUGUUACUAAUGUUGUCAGUCAAUGCUUGAUCUUUACCAUGUUUGUUGCACAUCUGCAGUGGCAAAUAAAUACACUUCUGUGUUAAAACGUACAGCGUAUAAGAUCUAUUCGUGUACAUGUAUUCAUUCCAUGUGUUCCCUAAUUAAGUGUCGCCUGGAGCUAGGUAGGAAU